AUGUGCGUUAUCACAGAAGGGAGACUGGAUGUGACCAAAGAUGGACAGAAAUUGCUAACGAUGGAAGUGGGGGAUGUGUUCGGAGAGGUGGCGCUGCUCUACGACUGCAAACAAAUCUACUCUGUCACAGCCCAGUUGGAAAGCAAGCUGUGGGUUAUUGAGCGCAAGACUUACCAGACAGUGCUCAUGCGGAGCGGCCAAGAUGGCCUUGCACGUACGUCGGCGCUGCUGAGCAGUGUACCCUCUCUGCUGUCCUUGCCAAAGGACGCCAUCAUGAAGAUGUGUGAUCUCAUGGAAGAGGCUCACUACACUCAAGGCGACUACAUCAUUCGACAAGGCGCCCCUGGGGACACCUUUUAUAUCAUUAACAAAGGCCAGGUGAUAGUCACCGAAAAGAAGCCGGGUGAUGAAGAGCAAGUCGUUUCCGAGCUUUCGGAACGGCAGUGGUUUGGAGAAAAAGCUUUGUGGGGAGAGGAUGUACGCGCUGGGAAUGUGAUUGCGGCUAGCGACGUCGUGUGUCUCCUCAUUGACAGAGAGACUUUUAGAGACAUCAUUGGAGGGAUGGUUUUUGAAAGUAGUCCAGAGGUGCAACAAAACACUAAAUGCAAAGAGGAGACAGAAGACAAGGAUGCUGCCUUUCUCUCAUCUUCCACCUUAAGUGAUUUCCAGAUCAUCAGCACUUUAGGAGCAGGGACGUUCGGACACACAGACUUGGUGCAACUCAAGAGCAACAUCAAGGGUCUUUUUGCCAUGAGGGUCCUUGACAAGAAGGCAAUUAUCCAAAACAACCUGAGAGAGAAUAUUCUGAGAGAGCGAAACAUACUCAUGGAUUCCUCGUGUCCAUUCCUUGUCAGGUUGCACAGAACCUUCCGUGAUGACGAACGCCUCUAUAUGCUGACGGAGGCUUGUCUCCAUGGCGAUCUUUACAGCUUGCUCAAAGACAAAGUCUGCCUGGACGAGAGCAGCACCAAAUUCUUCACGGCUUGCGUGACGCAGGCCUUGACCUUUCUUCAUGCUCGAAAUGUCAUCUAUAGAGACGUCAAGCCUGAAAAUGUUUUGCUGGAUGAGCGAGGAUAUGCAAAACUGAAAGGAUCCACAUGUUUAAAGAAGAUUGAAGUGGGGAAGAAGACGUACACCUUGUGUGGCACUCCGGGCUACAUGGCUCCGGAAGUCAUCUACAACAAAGGCCAUAGUGUCGCGGCAGACUUCUGGUCUUUGGGGGUUUUUGUGUUUGAGCUUCUGACAGGCGGGCUUCCGUUCAACAGCAUUGACCCAAUGAGGCUCCUUAGCGAGACCACGCGUGGCAUUGAUAACAUCGACUUCCCCAAAGCAAUCAGCAAGAGUGCUUCUAGUCUCAUCAAGAAACUGUGCAGGCACAAUCCCUCGGAGAGGCUGGGUAGUCGAAGAAAUGGGGCCAAGGACAUUCAGAAGCACAAAUGGUUUGAAGGAUUCAACUGGGAUGGACUAAGUCGAGGAACACUAAAUCCACCAUUCAGCCCCAAAGUUAAACACAUUUGGAACAACGGCGGUACAUAUGCUAAUUAUAAUGGAAACACACUUGAGCUAUGCGAAACAUGGGAGGAUUUCUGA